AUGAGUUGGACACUGAAAACUUUGACAGUAGCUAUGAGUAGACAAUGCUACUUUUCACGACUGAUGAGAUCCUAUCCGAUAUUCAAACUCCUUGACAUUUACGAUCGUCAGUCAUUUAUUCGUCUAUACGUUUUGGACAAUGUCUUCGUGUGUAUUCUCAUAUACAUACUUUUCUAUGCUGCACUUUGGUACGCUAAUAAGGUAAUUAAACGAAUUGAAAGAACGAAUAAUGAAAUGCUGCUAACCGUGAAAGAGAAUAGAACGAAAUUGGAUGACGUCAUAGCACUGAAGAACAAACGCGCCGAAUACGAAGAAAUAGUAAUUAAAGCGAAAAGUGCACAGAGAAUAACCGCAAAACAUCUAGAUAACGAGAUGAAGAAACUAGGUAACGAAUUGGUAGCGACGGAAAAUAAGAUGGCAGAGUUGGAAAAGAUCCUAGGAAAAUGCAAAUCUUGGGAAAAUACAUAUGGUAGUUUCAAUGACGGAAUCAUUGGGUCACGAGAAGGCGAACCUCACGAAGGAACGAAAAUUGCAUCAAACGUAUUCGAGGACGUCAAGGUCCUCGAACCUUCAUUCCCGCCGCCAUUACCGAAAGAGCCGCCACGCAGGAAGUACGGGAUCUUUGCCAGUCGUCCAGCCAAUCAACGUACAGUGGCGUUGCUUCCAAGCCCCAAGAAAUCACCCCAAAAAAUUGGAUUCAAGUAACGCAGCCUCGGCUGAAAAUUCGUCCAGCGAAUCUAUGCGUAAAGAAAGAAUAUGGCCGAGAUACAAUCGAAAACAGGAAGGUGACAGGCGACGAUAUUGUCUAAAAAAAUAUUCCAGUAAGACGCUUUCGAGAAAGACGUCUGGCGCCGUAAAGAAAUUCCAAAUGGAAUCGUUUAAGACCUUAAG